CGUUACCACCAAAAACACUUUCCCUACGAAACCGUCGCGAAUAUAGCAAAAAAUUUGCAACUAGAGAAAAGCACUUCAGCUGCUACUGUCUACAGCUCAGCGAAGGAAAUUUGUGCUUGUCUGAGAAGCUGACAAUGGAUGUGAAAACGACGCCGCUGAGGUUCACUUUGGGGAAGCAGUCGUCGUUGGCGCCGGAGGGUGAAUGGGAGGAGCUCGUGGCGGGCGAGGGGGAGGAUUAUCCGGAGGGGAUCGAUCCCCGAGUGAAGCUCAUGUAUUUGGCCAAUGAAGCCGAUUUGGAUGGGGUCAAGGAGCUGUUGGACUCCGGGAUCGAUGUGAAUUUCAGGGACAUCGAUGAUCGGACGGCUCUCCAUGUCGCCGCGUGUCAGGGCCUCACCGAUGUCGUUUCGCUACUGCUCGAGCGCGGAGCUGACGUUGACCCCAAAGACCGAUGGGGGAGCACCCCUCUUGCAGAUGCUAUAUACUAUAAGCAUAACGAUGUGAUCAAGCUUUUGGAGAAGCGUGGGGCAAAGCCGUUGAUGGCUCCCAUGCACGUUAGGUAUGCCAGAGAAGUCCCAGAAUAUGAAAUUGAUCCCAAAGAACUUGACUUUACUGACAGUGUUGAAAUAACCAAGGGAACAUACCGUAUAGCAUCCUGGCGAGGAAUACAGGUUGCUGUGAAAAGGCUGGGGGAGGAAGUGCUUAUUGAUGAGGAUAAAGUGAAGGCAUUCAGGGAUGAGCUUGAAUUUCUACAAAAGAUACGACAUCCGAACGUAGUCCAAUUUUUGGGUGCAGUGACUCAAAGCAGUCCAAUGAUGAUUGUAACAGAAUAUUUGCCUAAGGGAGACCUUUGUUUAUUUUUGAAAAGAAAAGGAGCAUUAAGGCCAACUACAGCUGUAAGAUUUGCACUUGAUAUUGCAAGGGGAAUGAGUUAUUUGCAUGAGAAUAAGCCAGAAGCAAUAAUUCAUCGUGAUCUUGAGCCUUCGUAAGGUUCUUGUCCUUCUUCAUUU